AUGUGGGUUUAUCCAUCUCUAGAACGAAGAGUUCCUUUACCGCGGCAUGAGAUUCUUAUCGAGACUCGCGGUCGGAUGGAAGCAAAUCAUCGCACAAUGAUCCAUCAUCGCUCAGUGCGGCUGCCAUUCCGACCGUGCCCUUACCCUUCCAACACCUGUCCCGACCGUAUUCACAACCAUGUAGAGGACCUUAGUGUCGACCACGCCGAGGAUUGCUGCAAUAAGAAUGUACCGAAAUAUAUGAUUCCGGGUCAGUCGCGAUUAGGUAAUCUUCUCCCCUACGCCUUGCACAACUGGCUGUACCACAAAUGGUACCGGUUAUGUCGAAGCGACAUUGAAUAUGGACAAUUCAUAGCAAAGCUAUUCGUCUCUUGCAGCCCUCCUAUGGAUACACCGACAGUAUCACUGGUAGGCCAGACCAAUGACCUCAAUGCCAGGAUUUGCAGCAAGGUGGCAUCCAUCCAAAAAUAUGUCCAAACUUGCCCUAUUGGAGAGAGGUUUAGCCCGACCCAAACAUUUAGGGAUGAGAGGUUCUAUGUCAUGCAACCCCUAUUCAAAGCCGUCACCAUAAUCCUCUUAAACGACGAAUAUGAUGUCAGAAUGGUUGACGUCGGCAAAAUGCCAGCUCUUCUCACGUUGACAGGCGAGGAAGACGGACUGAGUCAGCAAUUAUCUUUUAAAUCUAUCAGCGACAAGGUAGAAGACUUUAUUUCUGAGACGAUCGUUCUAGGCCCAAGCUCGACGUGGCUUGAUCCUGAGAUUUAUACAGAAUGGCUUGGAAAUGGCGCCAAAGACGAUAAGAAUCUUUAUGGAAGGAUGGAGGAUUCCCAAAGAUGGAAUGUUCUUCUUCGGACUGCUGGGCUAGAACAUACACUACGCAGACUUAUCAAACGUCGGAGUAGCAUAGCAUGA